CCUUUCACAGUCAUUCUUUUAUCUCCUUUUACUUGAAAAUCAACUUUCAUUCUCAAGAUGCAGUUCACUAUCUCCGCACUCAUCAGCCUCGCUGCUCUGGCGACUGCUUUGCCCCCAGUUGGCCCCUCUGCCGGCGGCUUUGGCAACGCCAAUGGCGUUGACAACAAGGGAAACACCCAGAUUCGCUUCCCUGUCCCCGACGACUUGACCAUUAAGCAGGCUCAGGCCAAGUGCGGCGACCAGGCACAGCUCUCCUGCUGCAACCACGCUACCUAUGCCGGAGAUACUACCGAUGUGAGCAAGGGUCUCCUCGCUGGAACUCUCGGUCACUUGAUUGGCAGUGGCUCUGGCUCCGAAGGUCUUGGUCUCUUUGAUCAGUGCUCUCAGCUUGACGUCCAAGUCCCCAUCCUUCUCGGUCUCAUUGGUGUCCAAGAUCUCGUCAAGAAGAACUGCCAGCAGAACAUUGCCUGUUGCCAGAACUCCCCCUCCGGUGCAGGCGACGACUUGGUCGGCGCUGGACUUCCUUGCAUUGCUCUCGGAGCUCUGCUCUAGUUUUAACAUCUGGCAUUUUGUGAUCUCACUGUUAUCAUAGCCAACCAUUUGUUGCCUACCAUUCUUAGACAUCAUAUUUAAUUCAUCAUCGUGUUUUUCAUCCUAA